GGUCCAACAAGAGUAAGCUGUUAGAUACUCCGACCUGCGGUUUUGCAAGAAUCUUUGAUUUCGAAGGUGCACACACCUCUGUAAACAGAUGAGUUACCGAGAAGAAUUGAAUGGAUGACUCGUGACGUGUUUGAUUGCUGCUGAUUGAUCAACAUGGCACAUAUCUUCCUCUGUAAGGAUGUCAAGAAAUUGCUCAAGAAUAAACUUGUCGUUAUCUUGGGCAGCUCAGUACAACGAGCUAUAUACAAGGAUCUGGUUCUUCUGCUGCAAAAAAACAAGUAUCUGACAGACAAACAGCUUCGCAUGAAGGGAGAAAUGCAUUUUGAAGGUGAUGAGUUGAUAGCCGGUGGUGUGAAGGCUCGGCUGAACAAUGGUGUAAACUUCCGCGAGGUUCGGGAGUACAAGACGGACCACCACUGGAUCAAGUACUACUUCAUCACACGCUGCUACAACACCUAUAUUGAAACCAUCCUCGAGGAACUGGCAAAAGAGCCUCAACCAGAUGUCCUUCUUGUCAACUCGUCUCUCUGGGAUGUAACCAGGUAUGGCUAUGGUGCUAACAGUGUUGUUCAGUUAAGAAAAAACAUCACCAAGCUGUGUACCAGACUAAAGGAGAUUCUUCCUGCGAGCUGCAUGGUCCUCUGGAACUCGGCCAUGCCCGUGUCUAAAGAUGCCAAAGGUGGUGUCCUUGUUCCAGGAGCUGAUUUUCUCAAAUCUACCAUUAGUGUGGAGGUCCUGGAGGCAAAUUUCCUCACCUGCAGUCAGGUGGUUGAGUUUGGAUUUGACGUUAUAGAUAUUCACUUCCACCUGCAGAAUCAGAUCCAUCGUCGUGCUGAGGACGGUGUACACUGGGAUAUGACUGCUCAUCGGAGGAUUUCUAAUCUCAUCCUCACUCAUCUGUCAGAGGCUUGGGCUGUCCCGCUGCCAUGCAAUAUUAAAAAACUGUUUGAUCAGGCAAAGUUAACUAGCACAAACAAAAUGUCAACUACAAAACCAGUGGUAAUAGAAACUUCAACAAAGGUUCAGGAAACGCCAAAAAUAUCUCCUGCUCCAAACCAAACUUCAAUGGAAGGUGGGUCUGGUAAGCAGAAAAAGAAAAGGGGAAAGAAACGGAACAAUGCAGGCACAUCGGCUGCUGUGGCACGAAACAUGUUCCAGAAUAGACAAAUGCAUGCAAAGUUCCAUCCUGCUGUGGGAAAUAAGCAAUAUGAGGCAGUUUGCAGUCAAGUCAAUUCAAUGGUGCAGAGAUCCAAGUUUCUCCUCAGAGACGUGAACCAUUCACACGAGUACGACAUAAGUCCACACGCUCAUCAUUCAGGUGGCAGAGAUCGAGCAAGGCAUCUCUGUAUGGAGUACGGAGAGCCAUUGCAUGACCCAAACUACACAUCUUUUGAAGAUAACUGGCAGCCUUACCAGGAAAGAGAUCCUGUCCAUUAUCAUGCAGCUCAGAGGGCCCAUCCACGCUUUACGCCGUAUAAGCCGUUCUACUGAUUUUCAAAAGAGAGCGAUCACGUCUGUUGUUUCCUAGUGUCUUUGUUGCUAAUACACAGCAUUGACUUUAUUGGAAUUCACGAGAAAUUAUUCCUCAUCACUGACAUAAGAUAUGCUGGAAAUUAGAUUUGAAUUUGAAAUUAAUGAUCGCUACAAAUUUGUUUGACAAAACAAGCCCAUUUUGUCCAGUUAUUCUUGGUUAUCCAGAGCAGAACAGCAGGUUUUGAAACUGAUUUUCAGGAGCCAAAGUACAGUAACUGGAUAGUCAUUUUUCAACUACUAGAAAUCCUUGUGUACAUUGUAUAAUGGUGCUAUAAGAAUUAUUGUGGGCUUUCCAUUUUGUUGGUAAAUUAUUUUAUAUUGGACUACAUUCACACCUGUAAAACACUGUCAUCUUUUCAAAUGUUUCAUUUAUUUUAUCAAUUACCUGAAAUUAUAGCCGACUAUCAUAUUUAGUGUUUUCCCUAGCUUAAUAGUCUAGCACCGUCUUGCCUUAAUCAGUGCCAUGCUGCCUUGAGAUUAAACGAGCCUUUUUCAAUAAUUAAUUCUAAAAUUUCCUUUUAUAAAACACUCACAAAAUGUAUUAUAAAAUAUGCCUGUUAUAUAUUUUGCCAUUCAUUUACUAAAGGUAGCAGAUUAAUUACAUUUACCUUUAUUUCAAUUAAUUUUUUGUCUUUAAUGAAAAAAAACCCCACCCUAAUGGUGAAAAUGCACCAAAAGUGUUUAGUCAACCAUGCCUUGCCAAAUGUCUAGGGAAAACACUAAUAUUAUACCAAAAUAACUGAUCUAGAUUAAAGGAGUAUCAUUAUGACAAAUAAGAGUUCUUUGUUGGAAAGAUGCCUAUCCUAUUGUAAUGAUUUAUACAUAUGUCACUAAAUGUUUACUCGUCUAAGCAUCUAUAUUCUACAUGUUUACCGGUAAAACUUCGAACACACAGGUCUCUACUACUUCCGUCAUUUUGUCAAAAAUCACUUUACGGUUUAUCAGGAAAUCACAUUUGCUGCAGGACAGUGUGUUACAGGUGGUACAUGGCCAAGCUGAAUAUACAUGUAGCAACAAGUAGUUGCCGACGUUGGAUUUUAACAAGUUUUUGUUGCUUUUCUUGCCUUUACUUUGUCUUUCUUUACUUAUGUAAUGUUUGUGAGCUUGUGAUCAAAAGUUAUUUUGCAUUACAGUUAUUUUGUUCGUACGUGUAGCCAUUUUUGCUGCAGAUUUGUCAUACUCAUGAGUUAAUUAAUUUUGCUUUUUAAAUUGUCAAAAUAUUACACUAUGCACAAGUCUUGGAGUUGGGUGCGCUUUUUAUCUGUUAAUUGAAUAGUACUAUCAAAUAGUGAAAUACUGGACACAAAAUAUUACAUUGAGCAACAAGUUAGGGUACCUGAUUUUGCCAUUUGCCUGUUCAUGUGAAGAACAAAUCUAGUUACAGCACCCCAAUCCUACCUUACACUAGUACUACUUGUUCUGCUGGUCGGUUUGUCUGAAGUUCAUUUUCAGUUUUUCACAGGCAGCAUUUCUGUCACAGGGUAAAAAGGGUAUGGCACCAAUUUUGGGGGGAGAUUUAAUUUUGUUACGUUAACCUUUUGACAAAAUUAAUGACUCUUAUCAUUACUGUAAGGCCUAUGCUUUUUUUAACCCCAAACUUAACCUAUUUUCUAUCUCUGUUGACUGCAGUUUCAUUCAGCACACACAUUGUAAAUAUUCAAUUCCAUAGCGCCGUACCCAAAAAUUGGGCAGAAACUCUGACAGGAGAUAAUAUUUCAAAAUCUUAGGUAACAGGAAGUAAGAUUUUUACCUAGGUAACCCAUUGUUUGGUGCAUUAAUUAAAUUUGCGUAACCAGUGAGUAACCUAAUCAUAUCAUGUGUGUACUACACUGACAUUCCGUAAGUAUUUUAAACAAACUGAUAAGAGUAUUUUUCAACUGCCCAAAAUCCAUGUAAAUGUGGGCUUUUUUAAUAGUUUGCAACUGUUAAUAUUAAAACAUUGUGGUUAGUGUGAAUAAAAAAAAUUGCAUGGCCGAUGCGCAAACAGAACAGUUGGCGUAUGUGUGAAAUAUAGUGCUCUGGUUACACUUUUUUUGUUUGUUUUAUAUGUGACUUUCCAACCAAAGAUUUUACGGGUUUUGUAAUUUAAAAAAAAGUGUCCUUUCCUGUGCCCAAAUUCGUUUUGUACUGCCAUCACUCUUAUUAUAGUUUAGGUACAGCCCUGAAUUCUGUGCAUUUGUUUGUAUUUUUCGACAAUUGUUUUUGUAUGUGUGUGCAGUAGAGCUAGCCUUUGUGCAGUGUUUAUGAUUUGAAAAUCAGUGGUGAGCGAUGAACAGCUCUUUUUGAAAUUAUGCCAGGUAGCAAUUGAUCUUAGUGUCCAAAUGGAAAAACAGUAUAUUGGCAUGUGACAACAGUUUUUAGCUCAUGCAGAAAUCUUGUUGGGUUUGUUUAGGGUUUUUUUAAAGGCACAUGAGAGAGAGAGCAAUUGCUUGUGUCAAAAGAUAACCAUAAGGACUGUGUGACCUUUUUGGUUUAUAUAUAUAGAUAUCUUUUAUGUUGCUUCCAUAUCAUCUUGUCAAAUUAUUACUUUUGUCAUAAUUUGUUGAUGCACUAUAUCAUGGACCUUGUAUUGUGACCGGCGUCGUGGCAGGCCAUCGGUCUACAGGCUGGUAGGUACUGGGUUCGGAUCCCAGUCGAGGCAUGGGAUUUUUAAUCCAGAUACCGACUCCAAACCUUGAGUGAGUGCU